AUCAUCAUCAUCAUCAACAAAGGCAGCUCGCUUGGAUUGCAUUAUCUUGUCAGAUCAUACACCCGGGGGGGGGUGCCUCCUUUCACUGCAUCGCUAGCUCGAAGCAACGCCGGCUCUCGCCACGGCUGAAACGGGAGGGUCAGCAACAACAACAACAACAACAACAACAACCCUUUGUUCGUCGUUGUCGCUGGAAGGGCAGCAGGCUACGGCUUUCAUCAUCCUGCGCCAGCAAGCCAAAUCAGACAAGGGGUGAGAGGGGUGGGCUAGACUUGUGCGCACGCCUCUCCUUCUCUCUCUCUCUUCCAGCUUGCCGCUGCUCCGAGGGGCGCCAGCUGUCCUGCCUGAAGGCGCCGUUGCAUGCAGAUCUAGGCUGCCGUUCGCCCCCCUUUCCCGCUCCGCAGGAGCCAGAGCCGGUCGAUCAUUGCGGGCAGGCAGCAGGGUUGUUGCUCUUGUUGCCAGCCGAGAGGCGAUUGAUUAGCUUUCUCUACUUUUUGCUGGUGUUGAUUUCUCGGGGGGUUGACGUUGCAGGAGGAUCUUGGUCGAGGACAGUGCGUGCGCACGCACACACACAUACACACACACAUACACACACGCAGACAACAGAGAGGGUAAGGCGGCCAUGGACGACUACGGCACGGCGGCCCUUAUGGAGGACCCAGACGACUUCUACCCGCCCUCGCCACCGCCGACGAAGCAAGUCUUCACCAUGCAGAGCGGCCGGGCCGUGACGCUGCACCUCGUGGGCCACAGCCCGACCGAGGCCCACCACCUCUGGAACGGGGCCAAGUUCAUCUCCGACUACCUCGAGGACGACCCGGCCGGGCGCGUGCGCGGCAAGGCCGUGCUGGAGCUCGGCGCCGCGGCCGGCCUGCCCUCGCUCGCGGCCGCCGUCCUGGGCGCGCGCAGGGUCGUCAUGACCGACUUCCCGGACCCGGACCUCGUGGCCAACAUGCAGAAGAACAUUGACGAGUGCGACGCCGCCGUCGAGCCCCGGGGCAGCGUCGCCGCGAGGGUGCACGCCAUGGGGUUCGUCUGGGGGGCGGACCCGGCGCCGCUGCUCGCCCGACUCGCCGCCGACGCCUCGUCAGACGAGGAUGCUGGUGCUGGUACUGGUGCUGGUACUGGUGCUGUUCCCCCGGCAUCGGAGGCUGCAUCAGUAGCAGUAGCAGCAGCAGCAGCCGGAGAGGAGCAGGAGGGGCACAAGGAGGAGCAGAGGUUCGACGUGCUCGUCCUCGCCGACCUGCUCUUCCGGCACUCGGAGCACGGGGCGCUGGUCAAGACCAUCAAGGAGACCAUGGCCAGAGAUGGCGCCGCGUACGUCUUCUUCACGUCGUACCGGCCCUGGAAGCAGGACCUCGACAUGCGCUUCUUCGACGUGGCCCGGGACGCGGGCCUCUCGGUGGAGCAGGUCUCGGAAAGGAAGUUGGAGAAGCCCCUCUUCGACAACGACCCGGGCGACCUCGACGUGCAAAAGACCGUCAAGGGCUUCGUCGUCCGCUGGGCCGACGACGACGACGACGCCGCUACUGGACCAUAGACAAGAAAGUAGUAGAAAAUAACUAGUAAAAGGUAGUAGUAGUAGUAGUAGUAGUAGCAGCAGCCGCAGCAGCUAGUGGCAGACUGCAACAACACAAAUUACCCGAAGGGGAGAGUGCCUUGUGCUCUGUCACG